GAAAAUUCUGUGACAUAUUGUGCUUACACGUCUCUUCAUCGUGAAGUAGAAUAAAUUCGUGUCCAACAUAAAUAAACUAAAACUAAAAACGAAUUUAAAUUUAAUAAAAUUAUGGCUGCAGCAACGGCACCGAUAACUCAGUGGAGUCCGAAUAAAAAACACAGCGAGGCAGAAAGAUGGAUUUGUAUAUAUCCAGCUUACAUCAACAGCAAAAAGUCUCGGCAAGAAGGCCGUCGUUUACCAAAAGACAAUUGUGUUGAAAAUCCAACGUUCCAAGAGAUAAAAGACGUUCUUUCCGUGUGCAAUGUACGGUUCGGUGUAGAGAAUAAAUUGUAUCCCCGGGAACGAAGCAAGGAACUUCAAUUUCGUGGCCGAAUCCGAAUUCAACUCCGAAACGAUGACGGAACUCCAUUCAAUCCACAAUUUCCGACACGAGAUAGUCUUAUGCUACACCUUGGUUCUAUGAUUCCACAGUUGAAGUCACGACAAGGGGGUGCAAGAGCUGCCGAGGUACAACCACAACAGAGUUCUGCCGGCGGAGGAUCGAAAAAGGGUAAAGGUGGAAAGCGUCGUUAACGCAUUUGCAGCACUUUUUUUUAUUGAUAAUCUUCUAAAUUGGAAAUAAAAGAAUUUUAUUUAAUGAAG